AGCAGGGCAGCAAGCAAGCAGGGAGUUAGGCAGAGAAGCAGGCAGGCAUUCCCCAGCAGCGCCUCGGGAGCUGCCUGGCUUUGCCUGCGCUGUGCGACCCAAGCUCCCUCUGCCUGCCUGCGCGCUCUCCCAUCUAUGAUGCAGCCUAGUUGACGUACGCCACGGCCAAUAGAGAGCCGCCCCCGGGGGUGUUGCUGUCAGCUGAUUGGUUGGCAGGAGCUGAGCGCUGCGCAAAAACAGAAAAGCCGAGCGCUGCCGGCUCAGAAACUGCCGGCAGAGAUCAGAGGAGCCGGAGCCAGGACCGGAGCUGGGACGGGAGGCGAGCGGCAGCAGCAGCAGCAGCAGCAAGCAGAGACAGACACAGAGAGAGAAAAAGAGGGGCUAGAUGCAAAAGCAGCAAGAAAGGAAAAAAACUGAUCAGCACAUCCAUAAAAAGCAAUUAUGAUGAACAUAAUAAUAGCAAUAACAGAAGAAAAUGAAAGACUAUCACUAGAAGAGAGAAAAAUCUAAACCUUUAAAUAAAAAAGAGGAAAUCCCAGAAAAAUCGAGGAAUGAAAGUUUUGGGUAGCAAAGCUGUUCGCUGCCUUUUUUGAUAUGAAAUCUUUCUGCGGGUUAUAAUUUUUUUUUUUUUUUUUAAUUUCGCGGUUUUCUGCCUUUUUCUUGCAUCUAAUGAGGGCAUGUCCACCGGCUCCUCCAGCGGCAUCUACCCCUCCAGCUCCCACCAGGAAGACAAACCGAGGACAAUCUUGAAAUAUAAAAAUUUCCUCCCUGGGAUUUGCUGCUGCUACUGCCUCCGCCGCCACUGCUGCUGCCGCGGUGCAGUGCCAAGACUCUCGGAAUAAAUAAAAGCGGGCUACUGUGUAUCUCUAGAUCCAUCCAGCUAACAGCUAUUAUUAGUUGGCCAUUUAUUUCGAAGAUCACAGAUGAAGUGGGGACGCCUGUCUUCUUCAUUUGGUCAGCGUGUGAAACAAUAAUACUCGUAAAAAAAAAAAAAAAAAAAAAAAAGGAAGGCGAUGGGAGAGAAAAAAAUCCUACCAUGAAUCAGAAGAAAUAAUAUCUAGCACCCCCGUUAAUCAACCUCCCUCCCUUUCCUUCCCCCUCCCCCGAUCCCUCUCUCUCCACACGCUCGCAGGCGCGGACACACACGCGCACACACACAGAGACAUACACACACACACAGACACUCAGAGGCACACACACUGUACUGUGUAUUUUCGGAGGAGGUGGUAGUGGUAGAGGCUUUUGGAAGAGGAGGAAGAGGUGGUGGUGGGAGGGGGGGAAUCUACUUCCCCAUUUGGAGAUGAUUGUGCUAUUCCUCUUUGCCUUGCUCUGGAUGGUGGAGGGGGCCCUUUGCCAGCUCCAUUACACGGUGCAGGAAGAGCAAGAGCAUGGCACGUUCGUGGGGAAUAUCGCCGAGGACCUGGGCUUGGACAUUACAAAACUUUCGGCUCGCCGCUUCCAGACGGCGCCCAACUCCCGCAGCCCUUACCUGGAACUCAACCUGGAGACCGGGGUGCUCUACGUGAAUGAGAAGAUCGACCGGGAGCAGAUCUGCAAGCAGAGCCCCUCCUGCCUGCUGCACCUGGAGGUCUUCCUGGAGAACCCCCUCGAGCUGUUCCGGGUGGAGAUCGAGGUGCUGGACAUCAACGACAACCCGCCCUCCUUUCCGGAGCCCGACCUCACUGUGGAGAUCUCGGAGAGCGCCACGCCGGGCACCCGCUUCCCCCUGGAGAGCGCGUUCGACCCCGACGUGGGCACCAACUCGCUGCGCACCUACGAGAUCACCCCCAAUAGCUACUUCUCUCUCGACGUGCAGACGCAGGGGGACGGCAACCGCUUCGCCGAGCUGGUGUUGGACAAGCCCCUAGACCGGGAGCAGCAAGCGGUGCACCGCUACGUGCUGACCGCAGUGGACGGCGGGCAGCCCCAGCAGCGCACCGGUACCGCCCUGCUCACCAUCAGGGUGCUGGACUCCAAUGACAACGUCCCCGCCUUCGAGCAGCCCGUCUACACUGUGUCCCUACCGGAGAACUCGCCGCCGGGAACCCUGGUGCUGCAGCUCAACGCCACCGACCCCGAUGAGGGCCAAAACGGCGAGGUGAUCUAUUCCUUCAGCAGCCACAUCUCGGCCCGCGCCCGGGAGCUUUUCGGCAUCGCGCCGCGCACCGGGCGGCUGGAGGUGAGCGGCGAGCUGGACUACGAGGAAAGUAGCGUGUACCAAGUGUACGUGCAAGCCAAGGACCUGGGACCCAACGCCGUGCCAGCGCACUGCAAGGUGCUGGUGCGGGUACUGGACGCCAAUGACAACGCGCCCGAGAUCAGCUUCUCCACCGUCAAAGAGGCGGUGAGCGAGGCGGCGGCGCCGGGUACCGUGGUCGCCCUCUUCAGCGUCUCGGACCGUGACUCAGAGGAGAACGGGCAGGUGCAGUGUGAGCUGCUGCAGGGCGACGUGCCUUUCCGCCUCAAGAGCUCCUUCAAGAACUACUACACCAUCGUCACCGAGGGGCCGCUGGACCGCGAGCAGGCGGGCGGCGAUGCCUACACCCUCACCGUCGUGGCCCGGGACCGCGGCGAGCCCCCGCUGAGCACCAGCAAGUCCAUCCAGGUGCGGGUGAGCGACGUGAACGACAACGCGCCGCGCUUCAGCCAGCCCGUCUACCAGGUCUACGUGAGCGAGAACAACGUGCCCGGAGCCUACAUCUACGCCGUCAGCGCCACCGACCGGGACCAGGGCGCCAACGCCCAGCUCGCCUACUCCAUCCUGGAAAGCCAGAUCCAGGGCAUGUCCGUCUUUACCUACGUCUCCAUCAACUCCGAGAAUGGCUUCCUCUACGCCCUCCGCUCCUUCGACUAUGAGCAGCUCAAGGAGUUCAGCUUCCAGGUGGAGGCCCGCGACGCCGGCGAGGAGCCGCAGCCGCUGGCCGGCAACGCCACUGUCAACAUCAUCGUGGUGGACCAGAACGACAACGCCCCCGCCAUCGUCAGCCCCCUGCCCGGCCGCAAUGGCACCCCGGCGCGGGAGGCGCUGCCCCGCGGCGCCGAGCCGGGCUACCUGGUGAGCCGGGUGGCGGCGGUGGACGCCGACGACGGGGAGAACGCCCGCCUCACCUACAGCAUCGUGCGGGGCAAUGAGGCCAGCCUCUUCCGCAUGGACUGGCGUACAGGGGAGCUGCGGACGGCGCGCAGGGUGCCGGCCAAGCGCGACCCCCAGCGCCCCUACGAGCUGGUCAUCGAGGUGCGGGACCACGGGCAACCGCCGCUCUCCUCCACCGCCGCCAUCCAGGUGGUGCUGGUGGACGGCGCGGCCGAGCGGCCGGGCGGCGGUGGUGGCCUGGGCGUGGGGGCGGGCGCGGGGGGCGGCGGUGGCAGCGGCUCCGGUGAGCAUCGCCCCAGCCGCUCCGGGGGGGACACCUCCCUCGACCUCACCCUCAUCCUCAUCAUCGCCCUGGGCUCCGUCUCCUUCAUCUUCCUGCUGGCCAUGAUCGUGCUGGCCGUGCGCUGCCAGAAGGAGAAGAAGCUCAACAUCUACACCUGCCUGGCCAGCGACUGCUGCCUGGGCUGCUGCUGCUGCUGCCCCUGCUGCAGCCGCCAGGCGCGGGCCCGCAAGAAGAAGCUCAGCAAGUCGGACAUCAUGCUGGUGCAGAGCUCCAACGUGCCCAGCAACCCGGCCCAGGUGCCGGUGGAGGAGUCGGGCAGCUUCGGCUCCCACCACCACAACCAGAACUACUGCUACCAGGUCUGCCUCACCCCCGAGUCCGCCAAGACCGACCUGAUGUUCCUCAAGCCCUGCAGCCCUUCCCGCAGCACCGACGCCGAGCACAACCCCUGCGGGGCCAUCGUGACCGGCUACGCCGACCAGCAGCCCGACAUCAUCUCUAACGGCAGCAUUUUGUCCAGCGAGACAAAACAUCAGCGUGCUGAGCUCAGUUACCUAGUUGACAGACCCCGACGGGUAAACAGUUCUGCAUUCCAGGAAGCAGACAUAGUAAGCUCUAAGGACAGUGGUCAUGGAGACAGUGAGCAAGGAGACAGUGAUCAUGAUGCCACUAAUCGAGGUCAAUCCUCUGGCAUGGAUCUCUUCUCCAAUUGCACAGAGGAAUGUAAAGCACUGGGCCACUCAGAUCGGUGCUGGAUGCCUUCCUUUGUUCCAUCCGAUGGACGCCAAGCUGCAGAUUACCGCAGCAAUCUGCAUGUACCUGGCAUGGACUCCGUUCCAGACACUGAAGUGUUUGAAACACCAGAAGCCCAGCCGGGGGCAGAAAGGUCCUUCUCCACCUUCGGCAAAGAGAAGGCCCUUCACAACACUCUGGAGAGGAAGGAGUUGGAUGGACUGCUGUCUAAUACACGAGCGCCUUACAAACCACCAUAUUUGAAACAUGGGUGGCAGCAGAGUAAACCCCAUUCUACAUCCCCCAGCCCCAGCCGUGUGUCUCACCCUUUACCUGGAUACACCACUACAAAGGCACUUGCCAUCUCUGGAUCUCAAAGUGGAUUAUAAAGAAUAGUGAUUUAAACCUUCCUGCACCUCUAGGAGAUAGCACGGAAAAGGAUAUGCUAGUCACUUCUACAGGACUUACCUGAAGCAGCAUGAUUUGCACAAAAGUCGACCAACAAAAAGCAUCAACUUUCAACUUCAUUAUCUUGGCCAUCCAGUUCUGUGUAACUGAAGGAUUUGUGUGCUGUUGGAGACAUCAUGGCCAACAAUAGGACCUAAUUGCUCUCAGCAGGCCUGAGAAAUGAGUUGAAAUGUGUAAAACUGUAGAAACUUCAGAGGCAACUGAUCUUGCCUCUCUGAUCAGUGUGUGCCUGUUUACAGCACUAUAUAUCUUUCUCUCUCCAAAAUGUCACUGAGCCCUUUAGAUGUUUAUAUUCACCACAAGAAGCCAAUCGUACAGAUAAAAGAAAUGUGCAUUAUAAAUGCAAUAUCACUGUUUUAAACUUGACUGUUUUAUAUUAUUUUUGUGUGAUCAAGUGUUCCCCAAAUUAUUCCAACUUUACAAGAGAGAUUGUGAUCAUGUUCUUUUCACCUGUGGGUCAUAAAAAUGUUGUUAAUCUGAAGACCCACAAAAAUUAUCAAAGACAUUCUGUAGUUUAUACACCGUGUUGCAAAGUGUUUACUGUACUAUUUCAAAGCUUCUAAAUAAAUAUAAAAUAUAUAUAUAUUAUAUUAUAUAUAAUUUUCCGGAAAACGUGGUACAACUUAGUUGAUUUUUAAAUGGAUUCAUACAGUCUACACCAUACGCUAAAGUGAGAAGGUAAUUCAGGGUUCCUAAGCUAUCCUUGCUAAAACGAAAAUAAAAGAAACCUUUAAUAGUACUUCCCCAAUAUUCGUAUUUUGGUCAAUCCUGUUUUCUUGUUUAAACAAAAAAAGCUGUAAGCAACAACAUUUUGUCUAAAAGUUGUAAUGAAUUUUCAAUGCCAAAGAUGCAGCUGUCAAUAUUACCAGAAUGAGCGCUAUGUACUAUCAGAGGUAUAAAUCACUCUCCAUUAUUUUGGUUAUAUUUCUAUGGUUUUUAAUUUGGAAUCACAAAAUCUUUUAUAAGACUCUAUAAACUCACCUGUAUAUGUUGUUAAAAAGAACACUGGGUGUCUGUACAUUUUGCGAUGUAAGAUAUAAUGUAAGUGAAGUUAAGUAUUUUAAGAAAAUCAUCCCAAACUCAGUAGUAUGCAUACGUACAUACAUACGCACACACACACAAACACACACAUCUCUCUGACAUAGGUUUGUGAAACUAUACAAAUAUAUUGCCUAAAAAUAUUUCUCUUGUGGCAAGGAAUAGUUGUUGCUAGAAUUCAAAUUGUGAAGGCAAACUUUAUGCCAAACUAUUGAUUGUUUUAUCACAAAGGAAAUUUGAAAUCAGGAACAUGGCAGAUUCCCAGCUGACCCUUUUCCCACUGGAGCUGUAAAGGGGUUGGCUGCCAUCUUUGUUGGGAAAAGGGUUAAACCCUUGCAUAUAGUCUUUAUGUUCUGUAAAAUUUCUGUGGUCUGAAAUGGUAUCUUAGAGCAUUUCUUUUCUAUGAAAUAUUGAAAAAGGUAAACUUUCAAAGGUGAAGUUUAAAAUUACUCAUGUCCAUGGAGUUUAAGUACCAUUUACUAAAUGUAAAAAUCUAGUAAAAUGUUUUUUUCUUUUUUUUUUCUUUUUGUAUUGUGCUUUUUUCCCCCGCUGUAUCUUAAUGUCAAAUAUUAACAACACAAGAGAACACUGUGUUAUCAUGCAUUGUCUAGCCAAAUUUGAACAAAUUCCGAGUAAUGAUUAUUAAAACAAGAGAAAACCUCUCACUGAUUCUAGUUAUAUAGGAAUUCUGAUAUCCCCACCAGUGUUGUCAAAGGAGGAACAUGUGAGAAGCUGAAUUUGGCCACUGCUAUGUUGUAACAGAAAUUGCUUUUCUUCUUUUUCUUCUUAUUUUUUUUGUUAUAAUUACAGUUUCUAUUAGAUAGAAGUAUAUACAUGGAAACCAUCCUGCUAUGGAUCCAAACAAGACUACUGAUGAAUUUGUGAGAACUCUUUGUACAAACAGCUACUGGACAGAGCCCUGAAGUUGUUAAUUUCAUUACUCCAGACACAAAUUUACCUUUAUUAAACUCUUUUAAUGUGUACUUCUAGCACACUUGUAUAAGUACAAAAUAUUUUAUGGGGUCCUUUUAAAAAUGUAUAUAGUAUACAAAACACAAUCAGAAAAAAGCCACCAACAGUAGAUACUGAUUUGAAUAAACACAACAGUGAACUAUUUCCCUGCCUGUAGGUAACAGGACUUUAGGUCACCUACAUGCUUUGCUAAUUUUGUGGAAAAAAAAAAAUGUUUUUGACAAAGGUUUCAUUUAAAGGAGUUUGUUAAAUUUUUGUUUCUGUUUUUAAGGCGAGAAAGUCCUUGCACUUCUUAGAAAUGUUUUUGCUUUCUGAGUGUGUCUUUCAUAUUAGACAUAUAUUGUAAAUUUAGGUUGUUUUCAGUCUUUGGGAGGAAAAGGAAAUAUUUUUCCUUUCCAUUUCAUAGGCAAUUGAAGUGUUUCUAUUUAAUGGAACUGCUUUCACAUUUUGCAUGCCAUUUCUCCUGGAAAACUUGACCAUAUCAUACUGUGUCAUUCAUUUCCAUAACUGAACUCUUUCCAUGAACUGUGUAUGUUAUAUAUACACCUUUUUUUUUAAUGUUAAAUAAUGUAGCCAUUGGUCCAGGUAUGCACAGAAACCCUUCUGAGUCCAUUGGGAGAGUCCCAGAGGGAAUUAUGAUAGGACACAGAGCUGCUCGAGAAAAGGAAGAUUUAAGUACUGCAGCCUGGGCUCCCAAGAUAUUUAAAGACUUAGCUUUUCUUGAUUUCCCUAGCUCACUGUGCAUUUCAGUAUGAUAACAUUUGAUAACGUUUAGGACACACUAAAAAUGAGUACAUGGCUGCUGUGUCCCAAGAGAAGUGCUGAGAAGCGUAUUUGGCAAUACAGAGGUUCAAUUUCUCCCAUUUCUUUGUUGUAGUGGGGAAGAAUCCUGUUGCAUCCAGCCAGCUCCCAUUGCAAUUGAGUUGUUCAGCAUCUACCAUAUAUGUCAUCAUGCUCCUAGGUGCCUAUCUGCACUGAUAGGUAUGUAAAUGCCUUUAAACAUGAGCUCUUCUAUUUGCCUCUUCCUUUAAGCAUGUGUGAUGCAAAUGUCUAAGGACUCUGAUUUGCAUAUUGAUCACAAAAGUAAACUGAAGUAGUCAGAAAAUGUUUAGGUUGGAUAUUAAGGGGAAAUCUCUAUACCCAUAAGCUGGGAUAAGGAAGGUUCUGAAAUCUCCUUCAUUAAAGGUUUUCAAAAAUAUUUCAAAAAAUACCUGUCAGGGAUAACACAAGUGUACUUAAACUUGCCUCAGUGAAAAAGCAUAGACUAGCCUCUCAGUCCUGUUGUUCUAUGAUGUUCCUAGUAGAGCACAUUAAGCUUUGAAGUAUGUGAUCUGUACACAGCUGUAAAGAUAAGAAUGUUCUAUCCUUCAAUUAGGUAGCAAAAGCAAUAUUUAAUGUUUAAAUUUACAAUUUAUGAGCAUAAUAGAACAAGCUGUCUGUGUUAAGAACUGUCUUUGGAGUAAAUUAGAGUUCCAGCACAGAAGACAGGAUCUUAUAAAGCAUAACAAAAUGGAACCAGAUCUGUAUUUUUUUUUUUAAUUAUUUUUAUUUCUUGUUUAGAUAUGUAGCAAUGGAUUUUUAAGCAGCUUGCUUAUUCAAUUUAUUCAAAACUAGACUUUGGUUUCUUCCAGAUGGAUUCUUCCAAAACUUAGAAAUACUAAACCAUUUCAUUACUUGAAAUAAAAUUUCAAUGAUUUAAUGUCAGUUUUUAUUAAGCUGCCUACUGAGAGAAAAAAAAAAAAUAUAUAUAUAUAUAUAUAUUCCUGUUGAUAUAUUCUCAGCUGAUUUGAACAAGGUGUAGUAAUUUUUCAUCAGUACUGUUGCAAAAUUAAGUGGAAUGACAAUGCACAGAUAAGUACAAUUUGUAAAGAUUAUGCUUCCUGCAUUAUAGUCACUAUGUAUGUGUAUGGGGAGAUAUGUGUGCGUGUAUAUAAUUAUAGUUCAAAAUCUGGUGAGUUGCCACUGGAUUUUUUUCAUACAGGAGUACACUCCUACCAGUAAAUGCAAACAGCAGGGUAGAAACAUUUAUGAUACUACGAAGUUAGACUUGUUUCUUAGUGUAAAAUGGAGUUUCGCAUUCAAGAUCUGAAUUCAGGCCCUUCUAGAUGUGUUAUACUCACAACCAAACACACCUUUCAGUAUUUGAGUUUCCAAAUUUUAUCAGCUCAUAGUAGGACAUUUCUUUUCUUUAUCUACUAUCAUUCCUCAGGGUAAAGGGUGGAUAAACAGAUAGUCUUCCUAGGCUGUUCAAUUGCCAUUGCAGUUUUGCAAGGCUGUUAAAUAUUUGUGUGUCUUACACAGAGAAAGCUGAUCAUAUCCUGCCAUUGUUCCAUGUUCAAGUCUCGAGUUUUAUGUCAUUGGGAGUUUUGAAUUAAAAUUUAUACAAAGGCAUAGGGGCCAAAAUAAGCACCUUCAAUACAUAUUUAGUUGUUACAGGUUAGUUGCAAAACAUUAGCAUCAGAUCUCUUUAAGAGCAGGAAGUUGUUUAUUCUGUUUGAAGUAAUGCAAAAGACAGCCAGUGAGUCUUUAUUAAAUUAUACCACGAGAAAUUCUGAAACUGUGAGUUAAAUCCAUUGCACUGAUCCGUACAGUCAGAGCUCAAAUUCUUCUUAAAGAGCUCCCUCAUUUUAGUUUGUCUCUAAUCUGUUAAUUUGUCUUGGUAUGAAAUGGGUACAUAUAUAUAAACAAAUAACAUAUCCAUUAAAAUCCAUUGUUGAGCAUCUGUGUUUUUGUAGAUAUCCUCAUAUGUAUGAAAUAAGCAAGAACUAACUUGGACAGCUUUAUUGAAUUGAAAUUGGUUUUGAAUUUGAAUUUGUUAAUAAAGUUCGUGAUAUUGACAGACAUCAGGAAAAAAUGAAAUCUAUGCGGGUGUAGUUCUCCAGAAGGCAAAUGCUUCAUUUUGGAAGCAUCCUGUCAGGUGAGUGCUGGGCAUCUUGUUGAGUCAAGAUGAAAUAUACUGUAGUAAAACUUCCUUGUUCACCAUGUCAGUACUAAUUAAAGUGUCCUCUGGAUGUUAACCGCUUCAGUCAAUCAGAAGUUAUCAAAAAUGGUAAAGAGGAUUUAGAUAGCGUUUACCAUUCUUACUGAAGCGAGCUGAAGACAGACAGAUGAAUGCAUACUAAAGCAUUUAUGUAUACUAUACAAUACAGAAAAUUAACUUAAGCCAAACAAAGAAACUCUGCUUCCAAACACACACACUUCAAAGAUUAAAGUUCAUCUGAUGCUCAACUUAAAAGCGUUUUUUGGAUGACUCCUCUUUGAGCUGCACUAACAGUGAAGAGUAAUGUAUUGUAUAACAAAGCCUUAUGACAAUAUGAUAAAGGGAGUGUAACCAAGCCAACCCUAAGUUUCAGAAGUCUUGGAUUCAAACAUUCAAAUUUCAAACUGAUUUAUAUUUUAUAUGUAUCAGAGCCUGAUUUCAUUAAAGGCAGUGGCCCAAGCCACAGUGAUUUGAAGGAGAACAAAAGGAAGUUUUCACUUCUUUCUUUAAGCACAUGCAUUUUUGAGCAAGAGCACCCUACAAUACAUUUUUUGAGACUGACCAAAGGGAAACUUCACUAGCUCUGUUUUAACAAGCUGUGCAAUCAAGUUUGGAAAUUCAGACAUGGCUAUGUGUCAGUUUUUAAUAGACGUGUUUCUAAUAAUUUUAUCUCAAAGCAAAAUAACACAACACCUUAAAUGAUAUCACGGUUCAUAUUUUCUAAGAAGACAAAGACAGAAAUACAGUCCUGAAAAUAUAUGUUAAUGUUUUCACUAUGCAGAAGGGCAGAGAAUCAAAAAUUCAUUGGAGCAGAGUAUUCUUACACUGCCAUAGCUGAUGGUUGAAAAUGUGAGCAAAGCAAAGAAAGUAAGUACUAACCUCAAUAAUGAAUGUUUCAGCGAGUUUUGCUUUGGAAGGUAACAAUCAGAUCCUAAGCACAUUAUCUCCUUUCAGAACUAAAUUGAAAGAUGUUUCCUAUUAUCUUUUCUGAUCUAACUUUUACCUGGUGUACAAAAGCAGUCCUCUGAAGGGUUUGCCUGUUCACCUCAGUAUGUGUGGGGGUGUAUCCCCAUUUGAUGAGGAUAAAACAGAAAAAAAAGACCUGGAAAAAUGUCUGAUGUCAAAAUUGCCUAGUAAUUCUAUCCCCAUCACUACAGCUUUUCUAGACAGGUUAUCAGAAUAACUUAGGGCAGAAACUUUAUGCAAUGCUGACAGAAGAGCAGUGGUAUGGCACUGUUCCACUGUGAAGAAGAAAAAGAGAGAGAGAAAGAGAUAAAACGUUCUCUGUUUUUCCUAGUCUCACAGAUGACAUUAAUUGGUACUUAAAUAGUGCUUUGUUCAGGGACAUAAAUAUCAUGAAAGAGAAAGAUUUCACCAUGAGAGCAAUAUAUUUGUUGUGGCUUCUGCUAGCUGCAGAAAAAAAUGAUGAAUGCAAGCAAACCUUCUCCUGCUCCAGCCCCUGAAGAUGAGGCUAAAUGAUGCCAUUGGAGCUCACGGCCGUUCCAUUUUUGUAAGAGGCUUGGUUUGAUUUAUAUUCUGACUGUCAAACAAAGAAAGGGAGACAGAGUGCUGGAAGUAAAAUGUAGUUAAUUAAUAUAAUCUAGGGAGAAAGUGAAACAUACCUUGUAAUGGUAUCCUUAAACCUCACUGAGCUUCUGGAAAAGAUCUGUUAAAAAUUAAGCAAACAAACAAAACCCCCAAAAUAAGAAUAAAUCUGCUCCUUGUCACUCCAAGUACACGUUUAAAUCAGACCAAUCACAGCUGAGUUGAAAAUUAGUGGCAUGUGAAAUGUCGUAUUCUUUCUUACACCUAUUUUCACAGGAUAACAGGGGACAGCCCUGGCAUUCAGCACCUCCCUGGGGACAGUGGUGCACUGAGGCUGAGAUGGGCUGUGGUCCCACAGGUGAGGAGGCAGGAUCAGGCCCAGUGAAGGGAACCAGGCACUGCCCUGGGUCGCAGCCACUCACAGGCAUGGCAGGGAACCUCUUCCCACAGCCCCCAAUGGUAGGAUGGGACCAGCCUUGGGUGCACUGGUGUUGAGCCAGCCCUGAGCCCCCAAAAUCAACCCCCCAGAAGGGUUUCUUACCCUAUUGUGAAACUUAGCAAUUUACAAACUUCCUUCUUAAAUAUAUUAUUAUAUUCUGCUUUAAAUACUACAUUUUAACAGAUGUUACUUCAUUGUGCUUUUCAUGAUUUGUCAAAAGUUUUUUUUGGGUUCUCAGCUUUGUGUAUAAUUGAGUAAUAGACCUAUCAGCCUAACUUUUAAACUAUACCCUUAUAAAUACAGGUGGAAUUAAAUUAGCCCUUAUCAUAUAGAAAGUUAUAUUAAGGUUUCUGGGUUCCAUUUUGCUACUUUAGUUCCUGUUGUCACUUCCUUUGUGACAUCACAGAAAUUAAUUUCAUUUUAUUAUUAAAGAAAUAAAAUUUUGUUUUCUUUAGUAAAUCUGAUGCAAGAAGUACCACUCAUCCAGAAAAAAAUUCCAGGCAAAAGUAGGUAGUUUACCUUUUUUCUUUUUUAUAGAAAUCAUUUCCAGAACUUCACUGUUCAGGGAUAAGGACAUGAAAUGCAGUAACAGAAAAUAUUAAGUCUGCAUAGUGUUUUACUGGAUGGGGGAAAUUUCUUUCCUGUUUCCGUUCUGUUUGGAGUAAACUGGAAACCACCAUUUGCAUGCGAAGUUCUUAGGUGUUUAAUUCUUCACUUGCAGAGUGAAAUCCACAGCUUCACUGAACACAUUGUUGAUAUUCACAAAUAUAAAGCUUCAGGAAAAAAACAAACCAAAAUCUGUCUUACUGUUCUCAUCCAAAAAAUAACCUUGAGCACUGGAAGAUCUAUGCAUAGCUGGAAAUUGAGAAACUGUAUUUCGAAGUUAGGUUUCUAUUGACUGCUGUUCUGUGUGCUUUAUAUCCUUUAUUAGUAAGCAAAAUAUAUUCCAGUGUUAAAACA